AAGAGCUGCAUGGGGCCUGAGAACCAGAGCCAUGUGUCUGAGUUCCUCCUCUUGGGGCUCCCCAUCCCGCCAGGGCAGCAGGGCGCGUUCUUUGCCCUGUUCCUAGGCAUGUACCUGACCACGGUGCUGGGUAACCUCCUCAUCAUCCUGCUCAUCAGGCUGGACUCCCACCUGCACACGCCCAUGUACUUCUUCCUCAGCCACUUGGCUUUCUCUGACAUUUCUCUGUCAUCUGUCACUGUCCCGAAGAUGAUUACAGACAUGCAUACGCAGCAACAAUCCAUCCCCUACGUGGGAUGCAUUUCUCAGCUCUAUUUUUUCAUACUUUUUGGGAGUCUUGACAAUUUCCUUCUGGGUGUCAUGGCAUAUGACAGGUAUGUGGCCAUCUGUCACCCUCUUCGCUAUACCACCAUCAUGAGGGAGGAGCUGUGUGUGCUAUUGGUGGCUGCCUCCUGGAUUAUUGCCUGUGUUCAUGCACUGGUGCACACCCUCCUCGUGGUCCGACUGUCCUUCUGUGCUGACAAUUCCGUCGCCCACUUCUUCUGUGACUUCACUGUGCUCCUGAAGCUGAGCUGCUCAGACGUCUCCCUCAGUAAGCUGGUCAUCUUCACCGAGGGAGGAGUGCUUUAUUUCCUGCCUUUGGCUACUGUUUUGGGCUCAUACCUCCGUAUAGGGACGAUCAUUGUGAGGGCACCGUCCACUAAGAGACUGUUGAAAGUCUUUUCUACCUGUGGCUCCCAUCUCCUCGUGGUGUCUUUAUACUACGGGACACUUGCAGGUGUUUACUUUUUGUCCUCAUCGUGGGAUUCCAAAGACAUAAUUGCUUCAGUCAUGUACACGGUAGUUACCCCCAUGCUGAACCCCUUCAUCUACAGCCUGAGGAACAGGGAUAUAAAGCAGGCCUUAGAAACGUCUGUCACCAGGGUUAACCUCUUUAAGUGGCAAUCACUAAAUCCUCUUAAUGUAGUCCGGAGCAGAGUGAGGUAUAGCUCCUAA